CAAUUUUAUUCACUGAGCAAAAAUGGGGAAGCAUAUCAUCAUCGUUGUAGUUUUUAUGUUAACCGCGUGCGCGUGGCAGGCGCAUGCUGCUGUCAACUGCACAGCUACCGGUGCUGGUCGGCAAGCUGACCCGGCCGACGCAACCUGCAAGAACUACACGCUCUGUGUCUACGUUAGCUCCAACAACAGCUAUGUCUCCUACAACUACGUCUGCCCCACUACAUCCCUCUUCAAUCCUACUCUCGCCCAAUGCACGUCCACUUACACCUGCCCAGCAACCACCACCAACACCACAAAUACAACUACAUCAGUGUGCACCGCCGACGGCUUUAUCGCUGACCCCAACUCUUCAAACUGCAGCUCCUAUAUCGAAUGCGUCAACGUCAAUGGAACCUUCAUAGAAACGACGUACAUUUGUCCAGCCACAACAUUUUACAAUCCAAAUACGACUCUUUGCGAUGCUUCGUACAAUUGCACUACAACAACUCCUUUCUCGUGUACAACAGCUGGAAGAUUUGCUAAUACCGCCGAUACAACAUGCCAAACUUAUUUCUACUGUGUGCUCUUGAGUGAUGGAACAUUUACACAGUACAAUUACACUUGUCCUUCCACUUCGUUGUUUAAUCCUAAUUCGAGGUUAUGCACUGCAUCUUAUACAUGCACUAAUUGACACUA